AUUCUUGGCUUCUCUGGGGGGGCAUCCCUUGCGUUGCCCGCGUUAGGACUCACCCUCCACGAGCGAGAUGUCCCGGCUGUGAUCGGCAUGGACAUUCAGCGUAAGGAUGUCGUUGACCCCGCCGCCCGAGAUCGGGUCCGAAGGAAGCGCGACAAGACUGUCGGCCAAACACUAGACAAUGAACAAACGCUCUACUUUGCCAAUAUCACCCUGGGAACCCCCAAGCAAAACUUGCGCUUGGUAAUGGACACCGGCAGUAGUGAUCUGUGGGUCAAUACUCCCAAUUCCACCCUUUGCAAGUCCAAAGAAACCCCUUGCUCGGACUCCGGUACUUAUAAUGCGAGCUCGUCGUCAACCUACUCUUUCGUCUCGUCCGAUUUUAACAUCACCUAUGCCGAUGGCUCCACUGCAUCUGGUGACUACGUGACCGACACUCUCACUGUCGGUGGAACGACUCUUAAGAACUUUCAAUUCGCCGUGGGAUUUACCUCGGCCUCUUCAGAGGGCGUACUGGGAAUCGGAUACACGUCCAAUGAAGUCCAGUCAGGCCAAAAUGGCGAUAAAGCCUACAACAACCUACCCAAAGCGAUGGUCAACAAGGGCCUGAUCAAGUCCAAUGCCUACAGUCUCUGGUUAAAUGAUCUAGACGCCAGCACCGGCUCAAUUCUAUUUGGCGGAGUGAAUACAGCGAAAUAUCACGGCUCGCUAGAGACACUACCCAUCCAAAAGGUUGGAGGUGUUUUCUCUGAAUUUGUCAUCGCCUUAACUGGUGUUUCUGUCUCUACAACAUCCAAGACACACAACUACUCCUCAAGCGCGCUGCCAGCAGGCGUACUGCUCGAUUCGGGAAGUUCCUUGACAUACCUGCCAGACGCCAUCACGCAAGAUAUCUACGAUGAUUUGGAUGUUACAUACGACGCCUCGAGUGGAAUUGGUAUUGUUCCUUGUAGUCUUGCCGAGAAGGAUGUCAACGUCACUUACAAAUUCUCCUCUCUCCGGAAAUAA